UCCAGAGGUGACUACUGAGUGCAAUGGUGUCUCUUAGGCUCCUGCUUUUCACUGCCUUAGUGGCUGCAGCGUGCGCUGCUCCAAUAUCACCAGCCACCACAGUAGAAGAGAAUCAGAAGUUUGCACAGGAAUACCUUAGAAAAUUAUACAACCUUACAUCCACCACAGGCGGUAACUCAGGAAGGCGUCACAAUGAACUCACGGACAAACUUAGGGAAAUGCAAAAGUUUUUCGGUCUCCAAGUAACUGGAAUGUUGGAUUCAAACACACUGGAGGUUAUGAAAAAAUCAAGAUGUGGCGUCCCUGAUGUGGCUCAUUUCUCCACAUUCCCUGGUGCUCUAAAAUGGAACAAAAAUGGCCUCACUUACAGAAUUGAAAACUACACACCUGACAUGCCCCAAGCAGAUGUAGACAAAGCAAUAGAGAAAGCUUUUGCAGUUUGGACUAAGAUGACGCCUUUGAAAAUCACCAAGAUCUACAGCGGAACAGCUGAUAUUAUGAUCUCUUUUGUUACUGGAGUCCAUGGUGAUAAUUCUCCCUUUGAUGGCCCUGGAGGAUUUCUAGCUCACGCCUUUGCACCUUCAGAUGGCAUUGGAGGUGACACUCAUUUUGAUGAAGAAGAAACAUUUACAAGUGGAUCAGCAGGAUAUAACUUGUUCCUUGUCGCUGCCCAUGAGUUUGGUCAUGCUCUGGGUCUGGGUCACUCAAACGACCCUGGUGCUUUGAUGUACCCAAUUUACAACUACGUCAACCCUGGAACGUUUUCUUUGUCACAGGAUGAUAUUCAAGGGAUCCAAUCAUUAUAUGGUCCUAACCCUGAUGUUCCAAACAAUCCAGUGCCUGAUGCCCCCAAAACUCCAAAUGCUUGUGAUCCAAACCUAUCUUUGAAUGCUGUGACCACUUUGCGGGGAGAAAUGAUUUUCUUUAAAGACAGGUUCUUUUGGCGAAAAAGCUCAUCUGUGGCCAAUGUUGAACAGUACACCAUUAAAUCUUUCUGGCCUGAAAUGCCCGAUAACAUUGAUGCAGCAUAUGAAAGCAGAGAACAUGAUUUAGUCUACCUCUUUAAAGGAAACCAAGUCUGGGCUCUGUUUGGAUAUGACAUCCGACAAGGCUAUCCACAAAGUGUCCAGAAGUUUGGACUUCCAGCAGGAAUCAAUAAAAUUGAUGCUGCACUUUAUAAUGAAAACACUGGGAAGGUUUUAAUCUUUGUUGGAAACAAAUACUACAGUUAUGAUGAGGCCAGAAGAAAAAUUGACAGUGGGUAUCCCAAGUCAAUAGGAAGCAGUUUUCCUGGAAUUGUUGGAAAAGUUGAUGCUGCUGUUGAAGAUAAUGGCUUAAUGUACUUGUUCAGUGGCUCAAAAAUGUUUGAGUACAACAUCAUGUCCAAGAGAGUUAUUCGUGUUUUGACUACCAAUUAUUUCUUGGGUUGUUAGAAGAAAAAGAAGUGGCCCUUUUUCUUACCAUAUUUUCACUUCUUUAACUACUAAAGAUCUUGCACUUUGUACCUGAUUGUAUUUACUAUUUUAUCUAUUUUAUUUGUUGUGUGACAUUGUCUUCUAAGGUGGAAGAAAAUGAAUUAUGAAUUUUUGCAAUGAAGUUAUUGAAAUGUGUACAAAGAAACAUAAAAUUCUGUUGAAUCUUU